AUGGAACUACCAGUACAGAUGGGUCAUCCCCUGCUGAAAUCGAUCCAGAUGAAGAUGAUGAUGUCGAUCAUUACUACAAUACGAUUGUUCUUAUACGAUCAGGAGAGGGAUAGUCCUUUAUCGCCGAGGAGCGCAUCAGAGAAGAAACGAAUCAGACGAUUCAAUUACGAAUGUAAUCUGCAGCGAAUGGGUUUGCAGAUCGAGCGUGUUAGUAUUUCGCCAACGCUCGGUCGCACACGAUUUGUAUUAUUACAUGCACCGUUUGCUCUUCUUGAAAAGCAGGCACAACUUCUUUCUGUGAAGCUUCCUGUUCAACAAAGCGAUGUGGAUUUUCGGGACAGAACAUCGCUACCUGGUUUUGUAGACAGUAUUCUUUCUCGCGCUGGUUUAUUUGAUUUCGAUGAGCGUGUGAAGAAAGUACUGGAGGAGCCGGAUUUUUUCACCGCACCCUACUCGAGUGACCGUCGGCAACAAUUUGUUAACUGGGAUCGACCGGAUAUUUUGUUUCCUAAUGCAGAAAGAUCACGAAUGGUCUAUGAUUUGCUCACUCGAGCACAUUAUGAUUCUGUAACGGACAGAGGAAAGCGUACAACUCAGUACCGAUUUGGUAUUGAACGACUGCUAGCCCAAGGAGUAUACAAUGCAGCUUAUCCACUGCAUCAGACGAUUCGGGAUCACCUGCCUAGAGGAGGUGAGGUGUCUCAGCGAGAACUACUUUACAAUCACUGGGUGUCGUGGAGAAAUAUUCUGAAGUAUCAGCCUCUGGACUGCAUAAAGUUUGUUUUUAUUGAACAUACACUGUUUUGUCUUCUUUGA